AUGGAUGCAGCGGAGACGCGGACCAGCACUCUUGAGCAAUGCUUGGAACCCACUGAAAGCACCCUCACCAGACUGACCGACACCCUCCUGCAGACAAUGAGGGCUCUGCCAGAAAUGAUUACAGGUGCCAUUGACCAGAGGGAAGAAGUCAGGCGGAUGGCAGCUGAAGAUAGGGCGGUACAACUGGCAGCGAUUACCGGCGAUCCCGUCAUGUCUUCACAACUCAUGUGUCUGCUGGAAGGGCAAGGGCAUCCUAAGGAGCAGCAGCCUGCCGCUCGCAUUGCCGGCCCCUCCCAUGCCACCUCCACCCCCCCUCCAGGAACAGCAUCCAGUGAAAUUUUUGUUUCGCCGUCUGGGCAGUCCGACUACCUCGACGAGUACACGAAUGGAGGCGAUUAUGGCAUCAACAUACAGGGUCCGCCAGAGACCAGCCACUAUGCUGCGCCCAUCGAGGAUAGUGAUAUGGAUGAGGCAAUGCCUCCCCCCCGGCAGCCCCCUUGUCAGCCCACUCUGACAAUGAUUGAGGAGACAACAGAGCCCAACACUUCACAACCUGUCAGAGACAAUGCAGAACCUCUGCCUGCACCGGUCGAAAUCAAACCCCCCACACCAGAGACGGCCUCUAUCCCUCCUCCUGCCUCUCUCAUUGUCACCUGUGGGUCCUCCCUCCCUCUUGUGCCAACUCACAUCACCUCCCCUCCCAACGUGCCUGCCCGAGGACGAAGUGCAUCCCGGCCUCCAUCUCGAAGCAACCCCCCCUGCGGUGCAAGGAGCAAAACGCCGGCGCCUGAAAAUCGGAAGUCGGCACAUUGA